UUCUCGGGGGGAAAUUUUAGGAUAGCUGGAAUUGCUGGAAACGAGUUCGCAGGAACAAUCAAAGCGAGAAAAUUCCUCCGCGCAGCGCGCCAUUGACUGUAAAGACCUUUCAACUUUACAAAAACCUGAAAUUGACAAACGUUCUCUUGAGUGGAAACUUUGUCACGACGACCGUAUCGCCACAAAUCGACAGGCGGGGAGCAUGCAUCGCGACGGAAUGACGGCGAAGGACUAAGGAAUCGCGAACAGGCAACGAUGGUUCGCCUGAGGCGGCGUUUUUCCGCGUAAAAUGCAGUUUGUGUUGUAGUUGACUAGUGCUCCCCCGUUCAACUCGCCUCAGAGACGGCAUGGAUGGAUAUGACGAGGAUCCGGCGAGCAAACUGAUGAAAAACCUCUCUAUUUUUGACGUUUAUCAAGACGGGAUGUACGGGGAACCGAACCCCGAUAUGGAGAAAACUAAACGAAUGAAUGGCAGCUCCUCCGCGCACGGGAACAAAGUCUACGGCGCGGCUCCCCUGCGCUCCGUCAUGGGUAACCGACCCUCAGUGCCUCUGGAUUUCUGUUCUCCGCAAAGGGACGCGGUUUAUCCCGAUCCCGACGCGCACUGCACCAAAUCUGAAGUUGCCUUGCCGUGUUACAGCGGCGCGUCGGAUCGUCUCAGGAGAUACACGCAGGCGGAGGUGCAGGCGCACCGGUACAGCGCUGGAUGCGCCUACGACGCGCUCAUUCUGGGGAAGCAGGUGAGGAGCAACAGCUUAUGCAUGGCCACGAGUCCCCGGUCCAGUUUAGCUUCGUCUCACUCGUCGCAAGACCAGAGCAAACACACCAGCCCGAGGUCGAGCAUCAACAGCCCGCGGUCCAGCCUGGUGUCACCGGGUCAGGAGAAGUGCUGCGAGGGGAACGGCGUGAUCAGCGCCCGCUCGAGUUACGCCAGCACGGCCAGCGACACCAGCAAACACUCCAGCCCCAGAACCAGCCUCAACAGCUACGACUGCGGGAGCAAACCUAGCAGCAACCGAACCAGCGGCAUCAGCAUGGGCUACGACCAGCGGCACAUCAGCCCCAGAUCGAGCACCACAAGCCCGCGCUCCAGCUACUCGCCCGCGGGGAACCACGAACCGGAGAGCGGCGCGGUGCACGGCAUCCCCAUGACCAGCCCCCGAUCCAGCAUCUGCAGCCAGGACGGCGGCGGGGUUGCGCGACUCGCCGUGGCGGCAAACUGCGUGGUCAGUCCCCGCUCGAGCAUCUCCAGCCACAGCUCCAGGAGUUCGCGGAGCUCCAUGAGCGCGUAUCCCGAGCUCCAGCACUCCAUGCUGGGACCCGGUUUGCCAGAGGACGCGCUGCUGCAGGACUUCACGGAGCCAAACGGCCUCCACAACAACCGCGUCCACCUCCAAGCGUUUCCCGAGCCGCAGCAGCAGAAUUCAGACGUCAACAUCGUGUUUAACUACGGGAAGAUGGGCACCGGGGGGCACCGCUUAAAGCUGCCGUACCAGGUCACUCCAUCCCGGGACAGCGGCCCCAGUCCGGCGGAGCGGCGCCUGGAGGCCCUCACACUGGAGCUGGAGAAGGAGCUCGAGAUGCACACGAAAAAGGAAUAUUUUGGUAUCUGUAUAAAGUGUGGUAAAGGUGUGUAUGGAGCGAGUCAAGCGUGUCAGGCGAUGGGGAACCUGUAUCAUACAAACUGCUUCACCUGCUGCUCCUGCGGACGGAGGCUACGAGGAAAGGCUUUCUAUAAUAUCAAUGGAAAGGUUUACUGUGAGGAAGACUUCCUGUACUCCGGGUUCCAGCAGACGGCAGAAAAAUGCUUUGUGUGCGGUCACCUCAUCAUGGAGAUGAUCCUGCAGGCUCUGGGUAAGUCGUAUCAUCCAGGCUGUUUCCGCUAUUCUUUUGAUUGCAGUCUGCAGUUGAAUGAUGAAGAGGGGCAUCGCUGUUACCCGCUGGAUGGGCACCUGCUGUGCCACCGAUGCCACCUGCACCGGUUAAAAACCCCUCAACCGACCCACCUGCCCCCGAGUUACCCGCUCCACGUCACUGAACUGUGA